GCUGAGUGUUUAAAAACCAGCUGGAUGUGGAGAAACUGGUCAGAGCUGCGAGAACCGCUGUCAUGGCUUGUGGACUGCGAUACCCGGGGAAGGUGGUCAUAGUGACAGGGGGCACCAGGGGGAUCGGAGAAGGAAUCCUGAGAGCCUUCGUUUGCCAAGGAGCCAAAGUGGUUUUCUGUGCACCAGGAUCUGAAGGGGAAAGAGGGCUGGCUCUUCAGAAGGAACUGGAAGAUUCUGGGGCCCCGGGAGAAGCUCACUUUCAAGUCUGCGAUGUUCGCUAUGAAACAGACAUUCAGAAUUUGGUUUCAGUGACCAUUGACCUUUAUGGAUGUCUUGACUGCCUGGUGAACAAUGCUGGAGCACAUCCUCCUUACCAAAAAAUAGAUGAUGUGACUGCAGAAGAAUUCCAUAGCCUCCUGGACGUCAAUGUUGUUGGCGGUUUCUUAAUGGCCAAGUACUCUUUGCCUCACCUCCGGAAAACAAAAGGGAACAUCAUUAACAUCUCCAGCCUUGUUGGUUUUAUGGGACAAAAGGACGCUGUGACUUAUGUCGCAACCAAGGGUGCUGUUACUGCAAUGACAAAAGCUCUGGCCAUCGAUGAGAGCAUAUAUGAUGUCCGAGUCAACAGCAUCUCACCUGGCAAUAUCUGGACUCCAAUGUGGGAAAGGCUUGCAAACGAGUCAGGAAAUCCAGAGGCAGCAAUCCAAGAAGGCAAAGAUGCUCAGCUUCUGGGACGACUGGGGACCCCCGCAGAGUGUGCAGCGGCUGCUCUAUACCUUGCUGCAGAUGCUACUUUUUGCACUGGAUUUGACCUUGUAGUCAGUGGUGGAGCUGAGCUUGACUUUGGGAAGAAGAGACAACCUGCUGCCAGUUGUGACGUUAAAAACUAGUGGAGUCCACCAGAAUAAGAGGACUGCAGUGGCUGCAAUAAAGUGGGAUGGGAAGAACUGUUUGGGACGGAUUUCCAUCCAGGCAGAGGGAUACCUCACAAGGCACUUGCAUUCAUCUGUGCAGCCCACACAGUAAAGUAGAGGUGGAAUUCAUGCAACCUUCCAUAUGUUUGUUGGACUCUUAAUUCCCUGCAGCAAGGGAGAGACCAUUGGGAAUUGCAGUCCAACAACAUCUGGAGGGCCACUCCCAUACCUUCAGUAAACAAUCCUGGGGCACUUCAUAGCCAUAAUAAAUUUAAAUAUGCUAUAGUAUUAAAGAAAAUGCUUUACUCUAGACACUCUUAUCUGUUUUUGACAGCCGUGUCACAGACAGAAUAACAACAGGUACAGCUUUUCCAAUAUCUGCAUUACCUUAUAAGACAGGGCUAAAAAACCUUUGAUUAUCUAGAUGAAAUGUUACUCCCAUCAUUCACUUAAUCAGGCUAACUGGGGUGAUGGGAAAUGGAAUUCAAUAUUUUCUGAAGAACCAUGUGUUCCCUAGCUCUGAUGGUAACAGUUGAGUAGCAAGCAGAAAGGCUACAGGCAAAGUUUCCCUAGUUCCUGCAUUGCCAUACAGGGAAAAACUAUUCUGGUUCAAAAUGUUGCCAGUCAUGGAAAUUUAGGCACAGGAACUUUGCAAGGCAAAAAAGUGGCAGCCCUAUCUUUAAUACUACUUUAGAGACCAUUGAAAACAGGUUCUGCAGCUUAAGCCCUAUCUCCAGUUAAGCCCUUGAUAAUGUCAGGGACCUGUUUUUCCUACAGUUAUGGUCAAGGUGAACUGGAUGUUGACAUAGAACAUUUUUUAAAAAAAAAUUGUUAAAAGGAAAUGUUUAACUUUCACCUUCUGAUCAGUGACCAUGAAAGUAUCAACUCGCUGGAUAAACAGGUUGCCUUAAGUUUUCUGUGCUUUGCUUGACGCUUGUUAACUGCCAUCAGGUCGACGUCAGCUUGAAGACCCUAUGAAUGAGGGUCCUCCAAGUCACCCUAUUAUCAGCGGACCUGCUCAGGUCUUGACUCUAAUGCCCAACAAAAAUUAUUAUUUAUAUUUUAAUUCUAACAUUUCUAUAAAAAAUUUAGGGUGGCAUAUGUUGCUGGUUCCUCUCUACUUUUAUCUUCAUAACAUCCUUUGAGUUAGGUUAGUGCAGGAUCAUCAGGUCUUGGGUGAGCAGGUGAAUUUGGGUCUCCUUGUUACCAGUGACACAUUAAAUUCACCGUUCCCAAACUUUGGUAUUCAAAUCUUGUUAGACUACAACUCCUGUUGUCCUUGAGUAGUGGCCAUGCUGGCUAGGGAUAACAAGAGUUGUGAUCUACUGACAUCUUGACACCCAAGGUGUCACCCAAGGUUCAGAUAGGCUGCUGAAUCACGGCACCAUCCUGUUUCAGAUUGAAUUCACAUUGGUACCCAUCCUGAUUCACUGUACCUCUGGGGGUGAACUUUAUGGUCUCUCCCCUCCUUUACUGUUUACCUAUAGCUCCUUUGCCUCCGUUGGUCUUGCUCUCUCUCCCUUUUCAAAUUGUGUCUGGAUAGGCUGUUACUCAUUGAUAAAGGGUGUUCAUGGCAUGUUCAGGAAUUAGGUUUGCCAACAGAUCAGGGCUGACUUGCUUCUAUUCCAGAAAUCAGCAGCUGAAACUUACUUCAUGGCACAGAAGGAAGAAUAGAUAUCUGCAAAUUUCUGAGAAAUGAGCUGUUAAGGUGGCCUUAUGGGUGGCCUUAUGGAGAAGAAGAGCUCCUACCUCUUUGAAUCUGUCAGCCAUGGCUUGCAUGUUGAGCCUUCUUGUGUCCAUCAGUCCAAAAGUAUGGGAGCCCUUGUCCUUUUUUUACAUCUGGCCACUGUUGGUUAAGGGCACAGCAAUUGGUUAAAACAGUGGUGGGAAACCUCAGGCCCUGGUGCUGAAUCCAGCUGUUAUUGAGCCACAUCUGCCCCUGGGAUCCUCUAGAUGACCAUUCUCUGUGGCUGCAUUCACACUGCACAAAUAAUCCAGUUUGACACCACAUUAACUGCUAUAGCUCAGUGCUUUGGGAUUCUGAGAAUUGUAGUUUGUUGGGUCACAAGAGCUCUCCGACAGAGAACGCUAAAUGCCUCACAAAACUACAAUUCCCAGAAUUCCAUAGCAUUGAGCCAUGGCAGUUAAGGUGGCCAUAACUAGCUCCAAAGACACCCAUAUUUUGUGGUUUUCUGGCUUUUGUGUGGCAUUCCCCUUUAUUCAAAAAGGUUGACAUGCUUCUCUCAAGGCUUGAUUACGCAGAAGUAUUGCUUUAAAUUCAGAUAUACAGGUAUUUUGGGUCCCACUGUUUUGCCUCUUGUGGAUUAUGGCCACAAUGAGCAUUCUGAAGCUGAAUUUGGCCCUUAGGAUAAAAGAGGUUUGCCAUUUUUGCACUAAAAGGUUGUUAGUUCUGCCCAGAAGCAGCAUGCUCUUCUCUUUUGUUUUUAUUUUAGCAUUCAUAUAUCCUGGGGUUAAGUCCAGGCACUGAGAACUCGGAGACCAUAACAUUUAAAUUAUGGCCUGGAUUACUAGAUAAAUGGCUGUCCUGCAGCCAACCCAGAUGGCUUGGAGUUCAGUGGUAGGCCUUCUGUUUCCCCAAAUAAACAGUUGCAUUGUUCCCAGAAACCGCUGUGUUUUGGCACUUAACAAGGCUCUAUAACAGUCCCAUGUGCCUUCAGAGUUCAGCCGCAUCUCUUAGCCUGGAGGAGGACUUUACUGUAAACAGAAUAAUGUGCUAUGAGGAGAUCAGAUGCAAGGGACAUGUUGUGAUGUCUCCAUGAAGUCCCAGGGGUGGGUUAGGGGCUGCAUUGUUUUCCCAAACAAAACUGCACCCACUCCCACAAACAAAAAUGUCCCCUUUCCCCAUCAAAAUGCUCUCAUGUCCUUAUAUAUGUAAUGGAACAAAAAGGCUAAAACCUUUGUGACCUCAAUGUUUUUUCCCCUUUAACUUUAGACGUAGGGGAAAUGCAUAUUUACGUAAACAGUUAGCCUUAAGGUCAAAAGCUGUGGCUCUUUAACUGAAAAGGAGUUUUAUAAAAGAAAAAGUAAGUUAGUAAAGGGUAGAAUAGUUUUGAGAUAAGCUUCUUAAAUAAAAUAUAUAUCAUGCUCACUUUAUAAAAAGUAUAUUGGGCUUUAAGUUUCUAAAUAUAUAGAACACUGUUAUCUAUUAAUACAUUGCUUAGCAAGAAUAAGGGGGUUGGUUUAUAUCUUUGAUAAUAAGCAAGUUUUAUAUUCACUUAUAAAGUAUGCUGGGUUUAGAUCAUGAACUGAAUGAAUAGUAUCUUUUUCUGGCUAUAUUAAGACAUGUCAAUUACUAAAAGGGCUAGUGUUUUGUUUAAAAUAAAUAGUGAACAAAUCUUAUAUUAAUAAUGUAACAAUUAUACUAAGUCAAGAAGCAUCAGAGAGAACUUCUUUGUCUGCAUCUGGAUUCAUGGACAAAUUUGAAAGAGGGAGGUAGACCAAUGCCUGGAAUUACAGAUAAAAAGUUUCAUCCUCAUUAAUUGCCAGAAAUAUCAUUUUUUUAUUAGGGUGACUAAAUGUUCAAACCAAAAAUCUGACUGACCAUGCCAAAUGAAGGUUAUGAAUAUUAGUAACACACCCAUGAAUCUAUAAUGACUAAUUUAAAUGGGCAUGCAUUGUAUGAAGUAGUAUGAAGAAGGUGUGGAAAAUACACAUGUAAAAGGAGUUUCUAAAAGUUUGUACAUCAACCAAUGAAAACUGAGAUAAAGAAAAUUACAGCAGAAAAUGACCUAUAAAUAUUGUGCAAAAUUUGAGACAGGUAUGCCUACUUGCCCAAGACACCCCUUCUUUCAAGAUUGUAAUCAAUAAAUUGGAAAUUGUUGCUUCA